AUGGCUCACGGAGGCACUCGUCCCCUUUGGGGUGGGCACCGUAUCGCUCCCGGAGGUGCUGCUGUUGUGGAGGGCAGCUCGCUGCCCUACAGGCGCGACAGAGCGGAUUGUGAAGAGGAUGGCGCCUGUUUCUACCUAAUGUCCUCGUCAUCUAGGCUGUCUACUGCAGCAGCUGCUGCUCCGCAAAGCACCGCCAGAGGAAGCAACUGGCGCCGUCGGAUGUGCAUGCACUGGUGGAGGAGAUGCUCGCAAGUGUGGCUGUCGAUGGGCCGAUACCGAAGGGGGACGGCCCGGGGUGCAGAGCCAGAGAAAGGGCCCAGUCGAGGGCGGAAGUGGCUACUCGGGCUGCGAGCCUUCCUCCUGCUUAGCCUUGUCUGCAGCGCACUUCUGUUCGUUUGCUUACGCAGUUAUGUCGCGCACCUGCUGCGUCGGCCGCGUGUACCGGGGUGGAAUGCCACCCUGUCUAUCCUGGUUCAGCACGAGGACGCGCCACAGCGCAUGCGCCUGACGUACUCCCAAAAGGUAAAGUGGAUCCACCUUCCAUCAUGGACGCUGAGGGUAGUGCCGGCAAACUGUGAGGAUUGCCUGGACAGCGACACGUACGCGCCCGCUGUGCAGCGAGCUGCUGAGGGGCUCGUACGAAUGCAGAGUGAAGACAACGCGAGGCAACUCGCCGGGUUGCGGGCGUUACAGCACCCGGGGUGCCACUUCGAGGACUAUCGGGGUGGUCGGGGCCCUCACCUUCAUGGCGGCCUACCCAGUCUGGCAAAGGCGCCGCUCACGACGGUCAUUUCGGAGGAGUUCCUCAUGAUGAAGGGCGGCCCAUACGCGGUGUUUGCCAACGUUGGGGCACCGCUGGGCCGGAUCGGCCCGAUGCUCUAUGCGAUGCGCAGCGUGACUGACGGUAUCGAUGUGGCAGCUGAGCUACCUCACUGGCGUUGGCUGCAGCACACCAGCAUCUCCUCCCCAGCCGGCGCUGUGAGGCCGCCACCCUACAUUGCCGUCAUGGGCAUCCCCUCUGCUGAUACCACCUCCCAUGCUCAGUUGCGAGACGCGCAGCGCAGUACGUGGUUCCACUACACGGCCGUUGCACGCCGCGAGAACCACUUUCAAGGGCGCCUUCUGCCCCUGUACAUCUUCGCCGCGCCGGAGCGCAAGGCGGCACCGGACCCAACAUGGAUAGGCCAGGAUGAAGACACCGGACCUGCUGCUGCGGCGGAGUUUUUUCGGCCAACAGCUCAGGAGUUCUCCGACGCAACCAACUUCUACUACGCACUUUCCGCGCCGCUCUCCAGAGGAGGCACGGUGCCUGGCGACUUCUCGUAUCGCCAGCGCCGCAUGUCUCUCCGACCCCAGUGGCGCACAUCGGAUCUCACGAGCUCGCCCUGUGGUCACGCCACUUCAUCAACGGUGCGCAGCGGACCCGGCAACCCGCGUCCACCGCUGGCGGUGCUGGCUGAUUACCUUCGGCUCCCUGUCAUUCCAGCCUUCACCGCGGCGACGCGCUUCUUGUGUGAGGCUUCGAGCGGUCUUUGGCUAGAGGCCCUUCAACACGGCAACGCGCUGUGGAUUGACAUGUUGACCGACCGCAUACCGACAGCAGAGAAGGGAGGGGCCGGCAGCAGUCGCUGGGAGAUGGCGACGGCUGUGGGGAUGACCCAGAAGACAGUGCUAUGGCUGGAGUACGCUUACCACGCCUUCCCUGGCGUCCCGUUCAUCGCCAAGAGCUACGAUGACACCUACAUAAAGGUGCCGCAGAUGGUGAGCGAUUUUGCCUACGUGGUGAGUGGUCGGCGGCACCGCCAACUCGAUGCAAGCUCGAUGGAUGACACCAGCAGAGCACCGGCUACCGCGGGGGUUGUCAGCGGUGAGUCAUCCUCCGCUGCAUCUCGGGUGCGGCUGACACAGUCAUCAGAGAGCGAAUGCGUGUACUGGGGCCAGCUGGGGAGGCAGCCCAAAGGUGUUCCCUAUUUUGUGGGAGUGCACUACUCGAUGACUCGAAAGGUGGCGCGCGUCGUGUUGGAGAAACCACGUGAGACCUACGGCGUCAACGGACUACAGGACGUGGUGCGGCUCUCCAUGCUCGACUUUAACCCCAUUUUCGCUGACAUCUACACCAGAACCGCGAUGACCGAAGAGGAUCGCUUUAUUGGAAAGGUCCUCCACGAUGGACGCGCGCGUGCUGCGCAGCUCUGUCCGAAGGAGCGUAUCACCUACAUCGAGGAAGGUCCGCCGCGCUUUCACGGGCUGCAGCGCGAGGUGCGCGGCACUGUGACGUGGGCGUCCGUAGUAGUUCACUACUGCACCCCGGCGGAGAUGUUUUACUUACACGAGUACUAUUUCGUAGAAGAGCACCGGGUGCGUGGCGGUGCCACGCCAGCCGAGGUGGAAGCGGCUGAGAAAGCGGCGCAGGAGCGUGGGGCGCAGUGGAUACUCGCGAACAUGAAUGCCUCGCUGGACCCAGGCUGGGUCGACUUGCAGCCAAUGCUUUGGGUGUCGCACGGCGCACGCCCUGAGAAUGCAAAGGCGCGAAUACUGUUCAUACAAGACGGUGUCGCCGUGUACAACAUCACCCUCACAGCGUGGAACCAUGACGCGCUGAGGCCGGGCGGGCUCAUGACGGUGCCGCAUGUGAAGGUGAAGCGUGAUGGGGACACGUAUCCGGUUGUCGAGUGA